AGUCCCGUGGGCCUUCUCUCAGCAGUGUACCACUCCCUCCGCCUUGGCUCCUCGUCUCCCUGAGAUUGACUUACUUGCAAGGCAAGGGGAGACAGGGGUCUCCCGUCACUGGUUCGCUCCCCCACAUGGCCACAAGCGGGUUGGGCAGAGCGGAAGCCCGGAUCCAGGUUGCAUCGGCCCCCACGUGGGUGGCAGGGGCCCAGGCGCCCCCAGGCACCUCAGCAGGAGGGACUGCGCUCGGGCUGCCGUGGGCUGUGGGUGUCCCAGGCGGGCUGCUGCACCUGCUGUGCCGCGACGCCUGCCCGUCGUGUCUCAGCUCUGCCCAGGCCUGCUCCGCCCCUGCCUGAGCGCAGGAGACCGGAGAAUCGUGGUGGAAACCGAAGCGCGAGGAGUCAGCGUCACCUCUGAGAGUAAAAGCAGUUCUCUGCUGUCGCCUCUCUCCGUGUCUGCUGCUCCCCUUCCUGUCAGUCUUCCCCCACCGAGGUACCCCUCCCUGACCCAGGCCGCUUCCUGUCCCGUCGUCCUUGGAGGCCCUAGUGGACUGUGCCCACCAGGGGACUUGCUCCCCGGAUUACCUCAGAUGCCCUGCGCUUAAGGAGAAAAUUAAAUCCUUAUGCCAACGCACUGUUUGCACAGUGGAGGGAAAAAAGUGCCACAGGGAUGGAUGAAACUAUUGCUGAGUUUAUCAGGAGGACCAUCUUGAAAAUCCCCAUGUCUGAAAUGAUGACAGUCCUCGAAGCCUGGAAUUUUUUGUCUGAAAGUCAACUGCAGACGUUAAACUUGCGGCAGAGAAAGGACUCUCUUGCUCAAAGUGUGGUUCUGCUGUGUGAGGAGAAGUGUGCCAGUCUCAGCGAUGCAGCCCUUCUAGACAUCGUUUGUACUCAAGUUCAUCGGCACCAGAAAAUCUGGGAUGUUUAUCAGAUGAGUAAAGGACCAGGUGAAGACCUCGACCUGUUUGAUAUAGAACAGUUCAAAAGUUCAUUUAAGAAAAUUCUUCAGAGAGCACUAAGAAAUGUGACGGUCAGCUUCAGAGAUGCCGAGGAGAAUGCAGUCUGGAUCCGAAUUGCCUGGGGAACGCAGUACACUAAGCCAAACCAGUACAAGCCUACUUACGUGGUGUACUACUCCCACACUCCCUAUGCCUUCACUUCUUCCUCCAGGCUCAAGAGCAAUAUCCCCCUGCUGGGUCAGGCCCUGACAGUCGCUAGCAAACACCAUCAGAUUGUGAAGAUGGACCUGAGAAGCAGAUACCUAGACUCUCUGAAGGCUAUUGUUUUCAAGCAGUAUAAUCAGAACUUUGAAAUCCACAACCCUACAGCACCUCUACAGGAAAGGAGCGUUGGGCUGGACAUAAACACAGAUUCAAGGAUCAUUCAUGAAAAUGCAGUAGAAAAAGACAAAGUACAGAGAAUAACUCAAGAAACUUUUGGAGACUACCCUCAACCACGACUAGAAUUUGCACAGUAUAAGCUCGAAACAAAGUUCAAAAGUGACUUAAAUGGGGGCAUCCUGGCUGACAGGGAAGAACCACUGAGGUGCCUGAUAAAGUUCUCCAGCCCACAUCUUUUGGAAGCUUUGAAAUCCUUAGCACCAGCCGGAAUUGCAGAUGCACCACUCUCUCCACUGCUCACUUGCAUACCCAGCAGGGGAAUGAAUUAUUUUAAAAUUAGAGACAAAUAAGAUCCAUGUGGUUUUGUAAGUGCAGCAGCUCCCUGACUGCACAUAGUACCUACGUAUUUGUUAAUGGCUAUUUGGAGAGCUUCUUUCCAUGAAUUUGUACAGCUUCUUUCUAUGAAUUUGUGUUUUAUAAAUUAAUUAUUGAUAUUAAAAGUUUAGAAACCUUCACAUAAUUGUUGGGACUGUUUCCUCACCGCCAUGUUCUGUGAGGGAUAGCAGCUGUGGGCAUUUGAGAUUCCACAGGAUAUCGAUGGCUCCAGACCUGACCCCGAGUACCAGCAUGCUCUGAGUCAGGCAGGAGGCACGGUGGUGGAGCCUGCUGGCAGUGUCCAGUGUCCUUUCUCCCACUCCGGCCUCUUCUCUAUCCUGGGCAUGUCUGGUUUCAAAUACCAGUGUCCAGAUUUUCUUAUGGGCCUUGAAUCACAUAAAUAAACACCAAGAAACUACACCUGACUAAACUUCUGGGAGAAUCAUAGUCUGUUCAGAGGGGAGAGUUGGGCCCAUGAAGUUGUUAUUGCAAGAGGCUGUUUAUCUGAUAAUUGAGUUAUAUAAAAUCAUUGUUUUGUUGUAAAUAUAACUUUUCAUAAUUUUAUUAUGUGUAACGUUCAAACUGACCAUUAUACUCAUUUGUGAAUAAAGAUAUUAAAAACUUAUUA